AUAUUCGCCAUCGUCGACAUACCCCUUCGGAAUCAUGGUGGCUGACUGGAACAAUCUACCCGCCGAACUGAAGCUGCUCGUCUUUGACUUUCUUACCCCGUCGGUGCAUUCCAUAAUCCCAAGGCAUGAGGACGAUCGUCAUAAUCAUUACCUCUCUUCAUAUGCUGUCGUUUCCAAAAGCUGGCAAAGCUUCUUCGAGUGCAGCACUUUCUACGGCCUGGUACUACGCCAAUCUGAUCUCCCGGAAUUCAAGAGAAUAGUCACCGGUAAACGAAGAUCGAUGCUCCAUUAGAUCUGGUUACGCAUAGAGCUUUCACAAUACGAUUGCAGCUGCUGUGAUUUGGAGGAGACAGACGAGGAAGCCGAAACGAACAACAAGAUUUUCACGACCUCGAUGUGGAAUUUAUUUUCUACUCUGACUGGAUGGGCAUAUACGAAGCAGGAUUCAGCCUUCAGGUUAGGCCUGAGUCUGUUGUUGAGCGCCUAUUCUCCGAGCGACCGAGAACACUACUUUCGAGAUCAUCGCUUCGAUGAUGACAACAAAACAUAUUACGAUUCUCCUCGUGUAUAUCACCAUGACCCACGUCAUGGCUGGUACUUUGGCGAACAGGUCCGUCCAUGCCUUGGCGCCAAAGAAAGAUUAUUCGGCAAGCCUCUCUCUUUCGACUUCCGCUAUAUCGGCGCAAGAGAUCUACCAUCCCUUCCGAAAGUAGGCUUCAUAACAACUCUCAUUAUCCCGCGACAGUUCUAUAGGCCUAUUCCAAAUAUGGGGUUAAUUCUCAGGAGCCUGCCAAAGUUGGAGACACUCAGAUAUGAGCCCUGGGAUUCGAUCACUAGUAAUCGCUCGUGGCGUCAUGAGGUCAAUCUUUUAGAAAUUUUAGAUGCCUUGCCUCGGACAGUCACUAGAUUUUCGGGAUAUAGGGAUUCGAACGAUGUUUUUAACACGAACGGUACCGUAUUCCUGUUCCCAGAUCCGGGGUUGAAGUUGUUUCACAUAAGCCAAAGACUCAAGGAGCUCGAUCUUUCAUUUAUUAUAGACGCUAAAUGGUUCUUCGCCCCCUUCGGUAAAAAGAAGAAAAACGUUUCAUGGGACAAUUUGGAAGGCCUCACGUUGACAUCCGAUUCAUUGAGUUCCAAAGCACCCCCGAAAGAAGUCGAUGAACUGCUUAGAUCCGCUGCUCAAGCCGCUCUAAGAAUGCCAAAGCUUCAAAUGAUGGAGUUAUGGUUUGGUCAACGAGGCGAAGCUCGCAUUUUUUGCUAUACGCGUUUCAAAGACAAUUCCUUGGUCGAAUGGUGGGAUACGAGUCUCCUCUCCGCGACUUUAAGACCAAAUGUCAGAAAAUCUUGGCAAAUGGUCGCAGAUAAAUAUGUCCGCGGCCAUCUCGACUUCGAGGUACACAACAUACUCCCUAGACAUAUCAAAUCUCGGGGAUCUAUCCUUCCUUACUUGAAAAGGCGUGAUAGGACUUUGACAUCCGGAUCCCUUCAGCAAAUAAUCUGGGAAACCACAGAAUUAAGGCGUGUACGGCGUCACGCACCAGCGAAUGCCGGUGCUCAUACGGUUCAAUGUUGACCAUAGAACUUAAUACAUUAUGAUGUACCUAUUCCAUAUCUCAAGCCCUUGGAUUCGCACCAAUA